GCACCAUGAAGCAGACGGAGGGCGGGGGUCCCACAUUGUACAACGUCUUUGCUGUAGUGAGGAUCGGGCUGCGGGUCGGUUAUGAGGACUCUGCUGAUCUUGGGGGGUCUCGUUGUCGUUGUGCUGCUGGUGACCCCAUCUAACGGUGAGCGGAGGGUGUCCCAGGAUGGAGGAGAGAAGAAGUCGAUGGACUCCAGAGAUCUGAUGGCCCCAGCAGGACCCAGUGAGAGCCGCAUAAGGAAACCCGGGAAACUCUCCCGUGCUGCCGAUGGCCACAUAAGGCAGACCUUGCAGGAGAUGUGUGGGUGUAAGAUCAUUUGGCUUGCCACCCCUGGCCGACCGUAUCGCCAAUGAUGGACAGGUA